UCAUCUCAGAAGGAUGAAGGUCACUGGGUUCCUGGUUUAAGUUUCUCCCAGAACAAUAGGGACUGGCCCUGUUUGUGUAGGGAAGAUGGCAAAUGGUACCAGAGAAUGAAACUAAUCCAUGGACCCUGGAGGGGCGGGAAUAGAUCUUUGAGGGACACUCAGGACAAAAGUAGACUGCUGGAUUGGGGCCCAGAUAUUGCCCCUGUCUGGGCUACUGCUCCCACAUCCAGGAACCAGACCAGGUGGGUGAGGACAUGUCCUUCUGCCAAGUUAAUUGCUUCCUGCCCCAACCAGGGUCCUGCCCCAGGGAGGAGUAUAGCUUUGUACCUACAGCAGCUCCUGCCCAGACUACCUGUCAGAACCACCCUGCAGUUCAGGCUCAAGGAGCAUGGUCACGGGAAGGUGGGGUUUCUGGGCACUCCUCAGGGACUGCCCCUCUCCCCAGAAGUCCAUGAUGAAGGCCCCCAUGCUUAUAGGUGCACUGGUCAUGGUGGGCUUCACGGUGGGAAAGGCUCCUGUUUCUGAAGUCCGGACCUGCCACCUCUGCCUCUUAGAAGAUCCUACUGUAGGAUGCAUUUCAGGCUCAGAGAAGUGCACCGUCAGCAGCUCAUCCCCGUGCAUGGUGAUCAGCAUCAAUGACGAUAACAAACCUCGCUUCUUAAUCCGAGGCUGUGGACAACACAUAUCCUACCGCUGCCAAGAAAAGCUGCCCACCUACAUCUCAGCGUACUGGUACUCGGCCCAGUGCUGCCAGUAUGACUACUGCAACUCCUGGUACAGUCCCCAGCUCCAGAGUGCCUUGCCUGAGCCCCCUGACAGGUCCCUGGCUCUGCCCCUGUCUCAGUCCCAAAUCCUGUGGUUCUACCAAGCCCUGAACCUGUCACUGCCCCUGCCCAGCUUCCCUGCUGGGAAGGAGCCUUCUGAAGGCCUGGACCCCCUGGCUGGCCCACCUGUGAAUCUGAGUUUGUCCAUUGCUGACCUGCGAAGCAUAUACUUGUUCCUCAACAGUUCUGGACUUUUGACUCUUCCCUGGGCUGGUCCCUGACAUCUUGCCCUUCGCAGAUAGAUUUCUCUCUGGUCUAGCAUCUCACUCCUGACACCCCAGCAUCAUGCGUUGUCUUCUCAGAACACUCACAUCCUUGGGUCUGUAAGUUCUCAGUCUUCCUUUCCUUUGUCCUUCCAGUGUCUAUAUGGUUUUGGUCUAGUCUCCUCCCCCAUAAAAGCAGCUGGCACUUCACCCAGAGCCCUUCGACCACCUAGAAGAUAAUCUCAAAUGUGGAUUCUGCCUAGGCUGACCUGGGAAAGGCACAGUGGUUUUCUCAAUACUGUCCUGUUAUCGGAGUGUCCCAUCACCCCCAUGCCACCCCCCAUCUUCCUUGAUCUCUCUCAAUCUGGCUAUUUCCAGUCUCCUAUACCUAGCUCUGAAAGCUUGUGCCAGACUGAACUUGCAUCAGAAAGGGUGAAAGCUGGACUUCCGUGCAGGUUUCCUGACUGAACACUGGUGCCCCUCCUUCACUGUCUACCACCCGUGCUCCUGCCUGGUCGGCUGCGUGCUCUCAUCUCUUAGCCCAUCAUCUCUUAUCCCAGUCUCUGGCUUCCUCAGCUCCACUUCACAUCUCUAAGCCAUGACACCCACUUGCACAGAUUCCCGGGGAGAGGAGGGGGUCUGUCCUUUGUUCUGUACUCCCCAGUCCCCCUCCACAAUAAACAAACUGGCCAGA